UCGCGGCCGGGGAAGCGUGGGAGGAGGCCCGCAGGGCGAGGUGGCUUCCUCCAGGCCGGUGGCGGGGUGAAGGAAAGCCGCCGAGGCGUGAGCUUGAGGCAGCCGUGGCUCCCGUCGGCCUUCGGCAAGACUGAGGCGGAAAGGUGGGCGGGAGGCCGGUGGAGCUUCUUUAAUGAAAAGUGCCAUAAACUAAGAAACCAAACAUGAGGGUAGCAGGAGCUGCAAAGUUGGUGGUUGCUGUAGCAGUAUUUUUGCUUACAUUUUAUGUCAUUUCUCAAGUAUUUGAAAUAAAAAUGGAUGCAAGUUUAGGGAAUCUAUUUGCAAGGUCAGCGCUGGACACAGCUGCUCGUUCUACAAAGCCUCCCAGAUAUAAAUGUGGGAUCUCCAAAGCUUGCCCUGAGAAGCAUUUCGCCUUUAAAAUGGCAAGUGGUGCAGCCAAUGUGGUAGGACCCAAGAUCUGCUUGGAAGAUAAUGUUUUGAUGAGUGGUGUUAAGAAUAAUGUUGGAAGAGGGAUCAACGUUGCCUUGGCAAAUGGGAAGACAGGGGAAGUGCUGGACACGAAAUAUUUUGACAUGUGGGGAGGAGAUGUGGCUCCCUUUAUCGAGUUUCUGAAGGCCAUCCAGGAUGGAACAAUAGUCUUAAUGGGCACGUACGACGAUGGUGCAACCAAACUCAAUGAAGAGGCACGGAAGCUAAUUGCAGAAUUGGGGAGCACAUCAAUUACUAACCUUGGUUUUAGAGACAACUGGGUCUUCUGUGGUGGGAAGGGCAUUAAAACGAAAAGCCCUUUUGAACAGCAUAUUAAGAAUAACAAGGAUACAAACAAAUAUGAAGGUUGGCCUGAAGUUGUAGAAAUGGAAGGGUGCAUCCCACAGAAGCAAGACUGAAGACUGGAGAGAACGGACAGAAAUGCACUUUCACUGUUAAUGGGAGAGCUAUAAAGAAGAAACCACAUGUACAUAUUUUAAUAGCAUGCAGCCAUCUUGGUGUAUGCAUGAGCAUCAUCUCUGUUGAUAUCAAGAUUAUUUAUUGCCGACAUAAAAAGUUACCUUUGUAAAUAGUCCUCAUCUGGAACAAAUCAUUGAACCAUUUUGAAACACAUUUCCCUAGAAGUACAGUGUUUAGAUUGUUAUGGUAAUAAUACACUCAGUGGAUUACUGAGCAGAUUGUGAAAAUUAUGUUGAGACAUAUAUAUCUAUAACUGUAUACAUAUAUAUACAUAUAUAUGUGUGCUAAUAGCUGUGAAAAACUUAUCAUGGAAUAAUAGGCUUUUAGGAAGGAGAUUGUACACACACACAUAUAUCCAUAUAUAUGUGUAUACACACGUGUCUAUAAAUAUAUCUGUCUUUUGAUGACAAUAUCUUUUAAGUUAAAGAUAUUUGACUAGUUGUAUGUAUAAUGUUACCUUACAAUCUGACUUCUGAUGUCUUUCUUUUCUUUAUUUUCCUUUCUCAAGAACCAAGAAAUAAAAUGUUUGCUAUGAAGACUUACAUCAUAUUUGUGAGAAGCACAACCAAUUUUUUAAUGCAUACAGUAAAAGUCAAUAUAUAAAGAUGAUAUCAUUCAGGACAGUAGCCCUGGAUUUUGUGUUAGCAGUGAUAAUAGCUUCAUAUAAGCUUUACAGAGCAAGGCUGUAGAUGGGAUAUGUUGCAAAACCAGACCAUCUCCCCUCCUCAAUCCUGUGAGGUCACUUGGGAGAAUGAAGGCAAGCUCAUUUUCCUUAUGUGAUUGUUACCAGUACUGGCUACGUUGUUUGAAUAGGAGCAUGCUUUCAUGUCAUAAUAAUUUAAUUUGUCAACCAAGAAAUUCUGUAUUUAUGUUAUCCGACUUUGUAGUUGUUACUGUUAAUUGAAGCUAUAGUGUCAUGUUUAGAAAACUCUUCAAGUAGAAUCACAUUUAAAAAGUAAUUAUAUUUGUUCCCAAAUGGCUCUAUGCUUAAUUCUAUAUUAAAAAAAUGGAAGAUUUAACUUUUUUCUGUCACAAGUUUACUAUAAGAUUUAUAAAUUUCUUUAGGGCAUUAAAUCAUCCUGUUGUGUUUGAGUAUUACACGGCUCUUGUAUUUGAAGUAUCUUGUCCAGAAUGUAGACAACUUAUCAAACUACCUUUCUAGCAGAAUGGCAAUGCUUAAAUUCUGACCCUAAGUUUUAGAUGGUUUGUAUGUGCACGUAAAAUGAAAAGCAGUGUUUGUUAUUUUGCUGUAAGUUGGAAAUUAUUCAGCUCUUUCUUAAAUACUAAUGAACUUUGGGGACUGUGUCUUUCCUCCAAGUGAAUGUAAUUCGUAAGUAAAUGCACCUUCUAUGUUUCACCCAUUUUUGUAAACUCCUCAGAUUUUUGGUGCUUAUGUAUUAAAUCACAUUCACCGUAUAUAUUUUGACAUUCAGAAUACUUCCCUUGAUUCUGUAAGCUCACAGAAUACCUAUUUUACAUUUCUAGGGAUUGUAAAAUAAAUGUUGCAGGUUUUUUUUUUAGUAUUAAAUACUCUUGGUUUUACAUUUUGAAUUUUUUUUUUAUUACUGGGAAAGUAACAUUCCUACAGAACUUCACACUAAGGAUUUUUUUUACAAAAAAAAAAUCAUUUUACUGCUUAACAUGCAAAGAAAAAAAUCAUUCCUGUGGUUAAACACAGUAGUAUCCUCUGUAUAUAUCAAAACAUGUAUAAAAUUGGAAUUCUUCAUAGAAGGUCAUCCUUUUGGUUUUAAAGUGUAAAAAGUCAGCUCUUACAGGUGUAUAAAAUGUCAGAAAAUAAGGGAUAUAGAGUGGUUAUGUAACUGCUUUGGUACAGCUUGUUUUUGUCUGAAUUCUGUCUUGUAUAGAUUGUGCCAACUUAACUCUGGAAGCAAUAAGUUUACUACAUUUUAUUUUCAGAUCUUUGUAAAGCCAACCGUAGAAGCGAAAUGAUUCUCAUUGAAUGUCAGGAAAUUUCUCUAUUAAAGUCAGAACUUUGACGUCGACAUUUAAUUUUAAAUGGUGUUUCAAAGGGCUUGUGAAUGCACAUUUUUGUUUGUAAUUACAGAUUCUGUCCUAAAGCGAGUAUGUUAUAUAAUUGUUCUGACUGGAAAAGGAAGCAGAAAAUAAAUGAUAUUUGAGAAAUUAAAGAAAAAAUGAUCCA